ACCGCUCUUCUCUUCUCUGUUGUUUGACCAGUUCAGCGUUCAGCCUAGCAUCGAGCGUGAUAACGAGCAUUUUUGUCAAAAACGACUUUGUUCUGUAGUAAUACUAGGUACAUAUUUCCACGGAUUUUCACCUCAAAACAAGCGAAGAAACAUGACAUCCUACAAAGUGUCUUACUUUGAUAUCACUGCUCUUGGCGAGCCCAUUAGGUUCCUUCUCAGCUAUGGAGGCGUUGAUUUCGUUGACGAUCGUGUGAAGAUGGACGAGUGGCCAAAAAUCAAGCCUACUACACCUUUUGGUCAGAUGCCUGUUCUUGAAGUAGAUGGCAAAAAAGUCUGCCAAUCGACUGCUAUCUGUCGUUACUUAGCCAAGCAAUUCGGUUUAGCUGGAAAAGACGAUUGGGAAAAUCUUGAGAUUGAUGCUGCUGUUGAUACAAUUCACGAUCUCCGUGCCAAAAUCGCCGCUGGACACUACGAAAGUAAUGAAGAAGCUAAGAAACAGAAACUUGAGGCUGCCAAGGAACUCGUUCCUUUCUACCUUGAGCGUCUGGAUGAGCAGGUGAAAAAGAACGGUGGCUACUUUGUUGGUGGAAAACUCACUUGGGCUGAUCUUUUUUUCGUUGCUCUUCUUGAUUACUUGAAUUACAUGGCCAAGUACGACAUUCUUGAAAAAUACGACAGUCUGAAAAAAUUGGAGGAAAAAAUUCACCAAGAGCCAAAGAUCAAAGCAUGGUUGGCCAAACGACCCAAAACCGACUUGUAAAAUUGUCAAUAUUAGUUCAAUAUACAAGUUAUUUUUAUAUGAAAGUUAUUAAAUAUUCCAACAGUGUUCUUCUUAAAGUUUAAAUGUAAUUUAAACCGAAUAGAUGAAGCUAUUUUUUCCUGGUACUCGCUUGCACACUUGUGAAUUGUGUAAUUUUUUACGAAUAAAAAUCUUAUGACAGUUUAAA